ACAACAUUGGCAGGCAGCCCUGAGCUGGAGUAGAGAAACAACACAUCUAGCAGAUAACGGAAUUAUAUAAGUUUUAAAAUAUAUUGUCACCAGUAUAUUACCGAAUGUUGUUAAGUAGUUAAUCAGUGUAGCUAAUGGUGCUGCGAUAGGUAACAUUAACCCUCAACAUUUCUUAGCUGGCACAAGCUAGUUAGCUCGGAGCUAGCUAUAUUUGAUAAUUAUUGGAAAGUCUGAAAGUCAAGUGGUAGCUAGGUUUCUUAUAACCAUGUAGCUAGCUACUGUAAUGUUAAAUAUCAAUUGACAAACAGUUUGCUAACUCGACGUUAAAAUAUGUACAUUCAUUCAUCAUCAUUUGAUUUACAAGGCGAGCGAAAAUCUAUGUAUAAACAGUCUGAAAAUAGCUUCUUCAAAUGUGGUGAAAAGACAAGCCCUAUCAGUGUAAUUUUGGUUACUUCGGGUAGCCGAGGGAACAAAUUGCUCUUUAGGUACCCAUUUCAACGGGUUGCAGAUUGCACAUCAUCACUCACGACAAAACUGCGAAGUCCAUAUGCAUUGAACACUACAGGAGAUGUUCUUGAAGACCCAGAUGGAGAUUCAAGAGAACAAACUCCAUUAACUGAUCAACAGUUGGUAGCAGGGUUCUCUGACAUCAUCCUCGCCACUAUCUUGGCCACCAAGUCUGAUAUGUGUGGGAAGAAGUUUGAGCUGAAGAUAGACAAUGUGCGUUUCGUUGGGCACCCCACCCUCCUCCAGCAUCCUCACACCAUUCAGGUGUCCAAGACAGACCCCUCACCUAAGAGGGAGAUGCCCACCAUGAUCCUGUUCAGUGUUGUGUUUGCUCUGAGGGCCAACACCGACCCGUCCGUCAUCAGCUGCAUGCACAACCUGUCCCGGCGUAUCGCCAUCGCCCUGCAGCACGAGGAGCGUCGCUGCCAGUACCUCACCAGAGAGGCCAAGCUGAUGCUGGCCGUGCAGGACGAGGUCACCAACAUGACCGAGACUGAUGGCAGCCCUCAGUCACCGUUCAGACAAAUCCUUCCUAAAUGCAAGCUUGCCAGGGACUUGAAGGAGGCAUAUGACAGCCUGUGUACAACAGGGGUGGUGAGGCUCCAUAUCAACAACUGGCUGGAGGUGAGCUUCUGUUUACCUCACAAGAUCCACCGGGUAGGGGGAAACCACGUACCCCCAGAGGCUCUGGAGCGUAGCCUCAUGGUCAUAAGGCCGUAUCAUGCUCUGCUGUUGCUGGACAGCGAGAAGGCUCUGCUGGCUCAGCUGCCUUUGGAUUGCUCUCCUGCUCUGGUGCGCCUCAUUAAGACCUGCUCUGCAGUCAAGAACCUGCAGCAGCUGGCACAGGAUGCAGACCUGAACCUGCUACAGAUCUUCCAGAUUGCUGCUCACCUGGUGUACUGGGGAAAAGCCAUCAUAGUGUACCCUCUGUGUGAGAACAAUGUCUACAUGCUGUCCCCACACGCCAACAUCAGCCUGUACUCUCCAUUGGCUGAGGCGUUUGGCCAGCAGUUCCCAGGUCAUGACCUGCCUUCCAUGCUGGCCAAGUUCUCCCUGCCCCUCUCACUGUCUGAGUUUAGGAACCCACUGGAUGCGUCUGUGCAGGAGGCCCAGCUGAUCCAGAUGGUGGUGUGGAUGCUCCAGCGGCGCCUGCUGAUCCAGCUCCAUACCUAUGUGUGCCUGCUGGUCCCCCCCAGUGAGGAGGAGCCAGGUCUGCUGCGGGACGAGGAGCUCCCCCUGGUGGCCCGGGUGGGGGGACGCAGCCUCAGCACUCCCAGCGCACACAGCUUCGGAUCUCCAACCAGCAGUGAUGACAUGACCCUGACCAGUCCCAGUAUGGAUAACUCCAGUGCAGAACUGCUUCCUGGUGGAGACUCUCCACUAAACAGGAGGAUGACCGAGACGUUACUGGCCAGCCUGACAGAGCACGAGCGCCAGGUCAUCCUCAAUAUCCCAGCUGCACAAAGUCCUGAAGACCUGCGCAUGUUUGCCAGGCUGCUGCACUACUUCCGAGGGCACCAUCACCUGGAGGAGAUCAUGUAUAAUGAAAACAUGAGGCGAUCUCAGCUGAAGACCCUCUUUGACAAAUUCAGAAGUGUUCUGGUGGUCACCAACCAUGAGGACCCUGUCAUCUCCCUCUUCCAGUCUCCUCUGGAGUAGAGGUCUGUCAUCUCCCUCUUCCAGUCUCCUCUGGAGUAGAGGUCUGUCAUCUCCCUCUUCCAGUCUCCUCUGGAGUAGAGGUCUGUCAUCUCCCUCUUCCACUCUCCUCUGGAGUAGAGGUCUGUCAUCUCCCUAUUCCACUCUCCUCUGGAGUAGAGAGGGUAGAGAGAGUAAACAGGUCAGUCAUGAGGUGAAGGACCAUUUCUGAAAUACCAGAUGGACAGAAUGAUACGGACUGCUGCUGUACAAAGGCCUUAUUAUGGUGCUCACUGCUUCUAGCCAACUGUACUCAUAUCAAUGCACCCCAAAACAAUAAUAUUUCUAAAAGAAUAACUGUCUGCUCUGCUUGGGGGACUGGGAGUGAAUGUAUGUAGCUUUUAGAUGAUUUAAUUUGUCCCUUUCUCUCUUAGAUGUUUUACGUUCAAUGCCUUGUUUUCAAUACUACUGUACAUGAUUGAAUAACAGUGUGUGAAGAGCUUUAGUGACACCUCUAAAUUGGGCAGUUUAAACACAGUACUCCACUUGAGCCUUUCCCAUUUGGGGGAUUCCCAAAAGUGCUAAAUCAUCUCCAACAAACACAAUGUAGGAAAACAACCUUAAUGCUCAUUCCAGGCUGCAGGCAAGGCUGCCUUCCCCAGGAGUCUCAGUGGGAGGGAAAGAAUGAAUAGAUGCCAAACAUCAGACAUGCUGUUUUUGCUUUGAGAGAAGGAGCACAACGUUCCAAACAUCUGCGAAAUCAAUGAUUCCAAGAGAACUUUUCCAGCAAGGAUGUUUAUUAAUGAGAAUGACUGGAAUGGAAAUUCUAGUUGCUUUGAUAGCAGGGAGGGGAGGCUAGAUCAAAUAUUUUACAGAUGUUUGGAAUGUAGUUUAAUCAUUUGUAGCAUACAAAUAUGGCAUAUUCCAUAUCUGUGGGAUUUGUGUUUGGGCAACAAUGUGUGUAUCUAAGUAGACGUAAUUAUAUAUUGAAUCUGGAUUCCCCUCAGAGCAAACAUUUUGGCUUUGGGUAUUUUGCAAUGAUUUCCCCAUAGCUAGACCAAAUUGCUGAAAUAGCUCAUAGCUGACAUUUUUCACUUGCAUUAUGUCUGUAAAAACAUUAAGUGUAUAUACUCAUCAUGGUUUGAUACAAUUCCAAAAAUAUUUCCAGUUUCAACUCUAUCCUGUGUCACAAUCGUCUACUGAGGAGGACGCAAAGUCUGAUAUCACAUUGUUGGCCAGUGAGUGAAUCUGUAUCUCUGCCUGUUUGUUCACUACACUCACACAGUGGUGACCACGCAGAUAGAAGCGCAGGGGUUUGGUGGCCCAUUCCCCAUGAGAGUCAAUGCCCAUCCGGCUUGCUGAGACCACCUCCCUGAGGCCUGGCUCUUGCGGUCCUAUCUGGGUGUCCCUCUCCAGCCACACCUCUGGGUCUGAGGCAAGGUCGCUCCGGUCGAAGCAACGUGGUAUAUCCAGGGCCUGGCACAGCUUUGAGGGACCAUUGCAUAGCUCUUUGUCCUUCAGGGGCCGGGCCCCCUCCCUCCGCCUGGUUGUCCGCAGCUGCUUCAUCAGAGGCAGGCCAUUUAGAGGCUCCAGAGCCCGCAGAAGCACAGCAGCACCCUCCCCUAGAGAGAACACACACAGGGAACAAUAGAGUGGAGCCAUAUUAUCUCCUUCCUUUGCCCUUUCUCCAGUGUGAAUGAAUGGAUAAUAACAUGGUGCAGCAUAUAAUAUAACGUCUUCAAUAAUGAGAAACAGUUGAAAAAAAGACAACUAUGGCCUAAUGAAAGUAACAUGGGGGAGCCUGGGAGAUACAACACUACUUAGUCUCUAAUGAGGUGAUUUUCCUACAGAUAAGGCCAACACACUGAACUUUUCUGCGUGUGGUUUUAAUGGCAGUUUGGUUUAUUAAUGGUGGUUUGUUCCACUGCCUUCAGGGUAAGCCUGGCUGUUGUACUGUUUUGUUGUAUGGUCUUACCUUGACUGGAAACAUUCAUACAGAGAUAGAGGCCGUAGAUGAGGUACACAUAGAUGGUGCCAGGUUUCAUAAACAUCGGUGUGUUCCUCUCAGUACAUUUUCCCCCAGCAGAGUGAGAGGCUUUGUCCUCUCCUCCCAGGUAGGCCUCAGUCUCCACCACCCUCCCUCUCAGCUCAGUGCCAUCUGCACUCCGACGCACCAAUACCUUGCAGCACAAACAAGGGAUGGCCUAAAUAAAGACUUUCUUUCAUGUG